UUAGCGUUAUUAAACCUGCCGCCAAUGAAGAACACAUUGACGCAAUAUGAUGGUCGUUGGGGUUCCGUUUUUGCCGCUGCCGGGAAGCAUGAACUUCUAGAUGACAUGUACGCAGAAGGAAAGAAACAAGGGCGGCAAGUGUGAUAUAGCUCACAUCUUUGAAGUCCUGAACCUUGGAGGCAACGGAAGGAAGAAAGCCGUGGCUGUCUGCACCUCUAAGGCCUUGUUCCUAAGGCGGCCAGCUUCUUUUAGCUGUUUCUCCAUCUUAUGAUCUGAAGGCAGGGGCAGAAGCAGCAAAAGAAUUCUUUGGGCGCCCCAGUUCGACUGCUCGCCACCAUUUAGCGGCUUUUCAUAAAAGAUAAUAAGACUGCAUCUUCUUAGACGUAUCCAUGGAGGCGGAGGUAAAUCUAUGGAGAAGCUUAGUCAUCAUCAAAGAGGGGCCAACAAGGAGAAGCAAGAAAUCAUCAUUGAGAAAGUGGUUCGUAACAAACGGAAAUGUGUGACGAUUGUGAAAGACCUUGAGCUCUUUGGUGUCAAACUGAGUGAAGCUUCAAAGAAACUUGGUAAAAAGUUUGCUACUGGAGCCUCUGUUGUAAAGGGGCCAACUGAAAAGGACCAAAUUGACGUCCAAGGAGAUAUUUCCUAUGAUAUUGUUGAGUUCAUAACUGAGACGUGGCCAGAUGUGAUUGAAAAUAUAAUAGUUGGCAAUGCAGCUGCUAGAUUGCUGAGAUGGUUUGAUGAUGCCCAACUUGGUACAGGAUAUGUCAAAAACUUUAAUAACUUUGAAAACUUUUAUUUGUUAAUUGUUUGAAAUAAAUAUUGCUCAAAGUAGGCCACUAGACCGAUGGUUUCAUAUGUCUAAAUUUUUGCAUAUUUAUC